AUGCCCGAAAGGGUACGUACCGUGUUCGAGGACGAGGACGACGUCCCUGUCACUGCACCAAAGGUCCUGGAGACCAAACAGAGCCACGAGCCAAGUGCAGGAAAACGAAAGGACCAGAGCAAAGAUCACGAGAAGAAGAAAAAUAAGAAGCGGAAACAUGAGGAAUCCACGAAAGCCCCGUCCCAACCCGCCGUGUCAAUAAUCGAAGUGCCAGAAGCACCGACCCCCCACACCAUCGACGAGAAGGAUGCGCCCCCAAGCACCGCGAACGGCUCAACUCACAACGACCGCAGCAACAAAAAGCCCAAACCGAAGACUAAAGCAUUCCAAGACACGAGACAGAACUUCGCCCCUCUCCGAGAAAAAGCCAAGGCGCUGUAUGAGAUUCGCAAGGGCCUGCCUAUUUUCCCGCACGGCGACGAGAUCCGACAGAACCUGCGCAAAAACGACGUGAUGCUUCUGGUUGGUGAAACGGGUAGCGGAAAGAGUACGCAGAUCCCGCAGUUCCUGGUGGACGAGAAGUGGUGCCGGCCGACCAAGGCGACGGUCACACAGGAGGACGGCUCGCGCAAGGAGAUUACGGUUGGCGGGUGCAUUGCGAUCACGCAGCCCAGACGAGUGGCUGCUAUUUCGCUGGCGAGACGUGUGGCGGAGGAAAUGGGGACGCCGCUGGGAUCGUCGUCGCCGGCGAGUAAGGUUGGCUACUCGGUGCGGUUCGAUACGUCUACGUCUCCGAGUACGCGGAUCAAGUUUCUGACAGAGGGAAUGCUCCUCCAGGAGAUGUUGCAUGACCCGUGGUUGACCAAGUACAGCGCGAUAGUUGUUGAUGAAGUGCACGAGCGUGGUGUCAAUGUUGAUUUGGUGUUGGGUUUCUUGAGGAAUUUGGUUUCGGGAAAACGAGAGGGGCGUGGUGGUGUGCCGUUGAAAGUUGUGGUCAUGAGUGCUACGGCUGAUAUGGAGAGUUUGAUGGAUUUCUUCCAGGAGGGUCUGCAGACCAGGAAGGCCACCAAGCCGAGCGAGGAUAAAUCUACGACCAGCAGCGCAAGCCAGCAGGAUUCGGCUCCCGUAACAGAUGAUAAGAUCUCUGUUUGUCAUAUCAAGGGUCGCCAGUUCCCAGUCAAGACCAUCUACGCUCCUGCUCCUGUGCAUGAUUUCGUGGAUGCGGCUCUGAAGGUGAUCUUUCAGAUUCACUACAAAGAGCCUAUGCCGGGUGACAUUCUGGUUUUCCUUACUGGCCAGGAGACAGUUGAAGCGCUGGAGCAGCUAGUCAACGAAUACGCCACUGGCAUGGACCCUGCACUGCCAAAGAUCCAAGUGCUUCCUCUUUUUGCAGCUCUGCCACAAGUCGCGCAGCAGCGAGUCUUCCUCCCCGCGCCUCCACGCACCCGCAAGAUCAUUCUGGCGACCAACAUUGCCGAAACCUCCGUGACAGUCUCCGGAGUGCGGUUCGUUGUGGAUUGUGGGAAAGCCAAGGUCAAGCAGUUCCGUACCCGUCUCGGACUGGACUCCCUGCUUGUCAAGCCAAUUUCGAAGUCCGCCGCCAUCCAGCGUAAGGGUCGUGCAGGCAGAGAAGCUCCGGGUCAGUGUUACAGACUGUAUACGGAAAAGGACUAUCUCGCUCUGGAUGAGACUAACACACCAGAGAUUCUACGAUGCGAUCUCAGUCAAGCACUGCUUAACAUGAAAGCUCGCGGAGUCGACAAUGUCAUGGGCUUCCCGUUCCUGACACGGCCCCCACGCGACUCGCUAGAGAAAGCUCUCCUCCAACUGCUGAGCAUCGACGCCCUCGAAGAGUCCGGCAGCAUCAGCUCCGUCGGACGCCAUAUCGCCAAGCUCCCUCUUACACCCACACUCGGACGCGUCCUCCUGGCGGCUUCGGAGCACGGCGAGGGGUGUCUACUAGAUGUGAUUGACAUCAUCUCGUGCCUGAGCGUGGAGAACAUCUUCCUCAAUACACUGUCAGAAGAAAAGAAGGAAGAGGCGGAAAAGGCGCGCCGCGACCUCUACCGGCGAGAAGGUGAUCAUCUCACCAUGCUCGCCACCGUGCAAGCAUACGCCGCCGAGAAUAGCGACCGAAAGGCAUGGGCGGAGAGACACCUGGUGUCUCAUCGCGCCAUGCAGUCAGUAAUGGACGUCCGCAAACAACUCACCAUGCAAUGCCGACAAGCCAAGCUUCUUCCCAGCGCCAGCGACUCUCGCAACGGCCCAACCAACUCCAUCAUCCGCGAACCGUCGCCCGUGCUCAUCCUCAAGAGCUUUCUGCGCGGUUUCUCCACUAACACCGCCCGGCUUGUCCCGGAUGGCAGCUAUCGGACAGUUGUCGGGAAUCAGACGGUGGCGAUCCACCCAUCGAGUGUCCUGUUUGGCAAGAAAGUGGAGGCGAUCAUGUACAACGAGUUUGUGUUUACGAACCGCAGUUAUGCGCGCGGGGUGAGCGCGGUGCAGAUGGAUUGGGUUGGGGAGGCGUUGACGGGGGCAUGA